GCAAACAAGAUAUUGAGUGUAGGGCUGCCUAAUAAAACAUAAAAUAAUAAUAAUAAUAAUAAUAAUAAUAAUAAUAAUAAUAAUAAUAAUAGAUUUCAAAGAGAUACAUCUGGAAAUAUCUGUUACGGAUCUCAGCGCUGGAAUGCAAAAGAUGUACUUUUCCUAAUUACAGUCCCAAAUAUGGUCGGUUUGAGAAAUCAACUCAGUUUUCCCAGCAGCAGCAAAACUCGCAAUACAAUUACUGUUUUUUGUUAUGGUAACAUACUAAAUUACCGUGCCUGCUUUCUUUGGCUGAAGUCAAGAUAUUAUCAGCUUAUAACUAGCUGAAUUAAAUCAUCCUCAGACUCCUGAAGGCAGCCAAGCAGCAGACAGAAGGCCUGUGGACCACACAAGUCUAUGGCAGGAAGAGGUGUGCCUUGUUUGAGAUGUAAAGGGAUCUGCACUGGAUUCCAGCCACAUUCUUGGAGGAAGGUAUGCCAGGUAUGCCGCUGCAGCCCGGAGGAUCACGACCUAUACUCAGAUGCCGAGGAUGAUCGGAAAAUUGGCCUCUUACUGACAGACUCCAAGAAUUGCAGCCUGACAGCGCGGAUGAAGGGCGGGGAGGGGGGACGGAUUUACAAGAGGAACCGGAUGAUCAUCACAAACCCUAUCGUGUCCAGGAAAGACCCCACCUUCGAUACCAUAACCUACGAGUGGGCCCCCCCAGGACUGACUCAGAAACUGGCUAUUCUCUACAUGGAGCUGAUUCCCAAAGAAAUGCGGCCUGUGGCAGGCACAGAGGGGGCAUACCACAGACGCAGGCAGCUACUGAGGCAGCUACCUGUGUACGAUCUGGACCCAGCCCAGUGCCUCGGCCUGUCGGAGGGAGAGGUCGGAGUCAUGGAGGAGUUUGUCAAGCUGUAUAAACAAGACGCGCUCGGCGUCGGAGAGGUAGCACUCCCUGGGGAUGUUGGCAGUGCCAAAGAUGAGGGCAAGCAGCCCCAAAAGAAUGACAAGAAGACCCCACAGGAAAUCUCCUCUGCACCAAACAGGACUGCCACAGACUGUAACAAGAAAAGUGAAUACACCUGUGAUCGCUGCAAGCAGGUGGCUCCGCUGGCCAGCCCGGUGGUGUUUGCUGAGAGAGGGGGCUACGCCCGGCUCUGGCACCCUACCUGCUUCAUGUGCUGCAGGUGCAGCGAGGCCCUGGUGGAUCUCAUCUACUUCUGGAAGGAUGAGUCUCUGAUGUGCGGCCGCCAUUACUGUGAGGCUGUGAGACCUCGCUGUGUUGGCUGUGAUGAGAUCAUUUUCUCUGAGGAUUAUCACCAAAUGGAGGGCCUCGCCUGGCACAGGAAUCACUUCAGCUGUGUGGAGUGUGAGCAGCCACUGACGGGCAAGUCCUUCAUCCUGGACCAGGCCAUGCUCCUGUGCACUUCCUGCAGCAAAAGCAACAAGCAAGCCUGAAGGGCUACACUCCUCCCUUCAGCACAACUGCCCGGCCGACAGGCUGACACACAUGCACGGUAGCUUUAUUGAAACCGGCAUUAACAUCAUGUAAUCAAAGAAACUGCAAAAUUAUAUCUCAAAUGUCUACCAGAAGCCAUAAUAGUAUUGAAGUA